AUGGUGGUACUGGCGCCCUUUGCUAGCGUUAUUGGAAACUUGAUCGGAAUGAAGUGGAUUGUGGUGUUUGGAUGCAUCGGAUACGUCUUUUAUUCGGCAUCUCUAUACGUCAAUUCUGUGUACGGAACACAGUGGUUUCUUCUUCUAGGAGCAGCGCUCUGUGGAUUAUCGGCUACCGCUUUAUGGCCUGGAGAAGCCGCAAUUGCUGUCGGAUAUCCUGAAGUUAGAAAGAGAGGCAGAUGCGUGGCGAUCUGGAUGGCUAUUGGCAAACUCGGAUCCAUUAUUGCAGCGUCGAUUCAACUCAGCUUGAAUAGCGACAAGGAUAAGACCGGCGCUAUUUCCCCCAAAACCUACAUCGUUCUCAUUGCCAUCCAGUGCCUUGGUCUCCCUCUGGCUCUCCUUUUGUCACCACCCGGCAAGCUAGUUCGUGACGAUGGCCGAAAACCGACUUUUGCAAAUCAGAACAGAACAUUCAAGAACCAACUCAUUGGGUUUUUACAACAGUUCAAAAGAAAAGAAAUCGUUCUUUUCAUCCCAGCAUAUAUCACUGCUCAAUGGGGCAUUACUUAUCAAGGCAACUACAUGGCGGCCUACUUCACGGUGCGGGCUCGAACACUCGCCGGACUUAUUACUGCACUUGUCGGGGUCGUUGUCAACAUUAUCGGAGGUUGGUGGCUAGAUACCAGAAAGCUCCGUCGGUCUACUCAAGCCAGGAGCUUUUGGUACGCGACAUUAGCUCUGUACACUCUCGUUUGGAUAUGGAAUAUUGUGAUACAAGAGCGAUGGGCCAGAAAUAGCCCGGGAGAGAUCGAUUGGUCUGGUGACAAGUGGAACCAGGGAGUAGCAAUCUUCACGCUUUACAGGGUGGCCUAUGAAGCUAUCGGCAUGUGGCUCUAUUGGGCUUUGGGCACGCAUGACUACGACCUGGACACCGUAGCUCUAUCCAUGGCCGUCCUUCGAGGGGGAGAAGCUCUCGGGUCCGCCAUCGGAUAUGGUAUUGGAUCUAUCCGAAGCGCAACUUUGAUGACCAACUUAAUCGUUUCAGUUGUCUUGUUCUACGUUGGGGCUCCGUUCACCACAUGGGCCGCUCAUUUGAUCAAGGACAGGAUUCCUGGAGAGGAAAGCGACUCGAGGGACGAUGAAAAUAGAGGAUCUAGUAGCCCGGAGGUUGAGCAACAGACCCAGGUCAUUGUUGCGAAGAACUAG